GGGAACAGUCAAAUGAGGCUGAACCACAAAGUGAAAGUAUUUCCCCCAAGUGAUAGUAUUUUCUUGGCUCAACAUACUUGCUAUGAGGACUGGGGCUAUAGGGAGUUUGGAAUAUAAUGGAGAAAGGCCCUAACAUGGCAUUGGUCUUCAGCUUGUCCACUCUCAUGUUUCUCAUCACUGGGACUGAGACAUCCAAAAGUCUAAGUCAGGGCCCAGAGUUGAAGCCGGUUAUCCAGGUGGACUCUGGGAAGGAUGCAGUCCUAGAGUGCUCUGUGAACUUCAAUGGGAUAUCUCCUGGUAAUGUAAACAUAGAGAAGGUCGUGUGGUGGAGGCUGGACCAGAAUGGUCUUCACAAAGGUGAACCUGUGUUCAAAUACAACCUAUCCAAUCAACAAUCCUCCAAUCCCAGGAUGCAGCUGAGCCCAAAAUAUCAGCUUUCCGUGCCACCUGCCAAUGAGAAAGACAAAGUUGUGUCCCUUUUGGUCAAAGAAACCCAGACUGAAGACGAGGGUCUGUAUAGGUGUGUGGUGAACACUGACAGUGGAGUCACAAAUUGUAACUUCAUGCUGAAUGUCACAGGUAACCUCACAGUGUUACAGUACGAGACCAGCACUGAAAAGGAGAUUCCAAAGAACAGUUACAUGAGUGUGGCUGCUGUAUGUGUGGCAGUAGGCUCUCUUGCCAUUGGACUGCUGCUUCUCAAGCUGUUUCAAGCCAGAAGACUCAGACAAGGCGGGACGGCCAAGGGUACUCUGUGCGGAGAACCAUCCGCCCCCCUUAGACGGUGCCAGCAGCCGCUCCUCUUCCCCAAAAACAAUGAGACAGACGAGGUCAUCACCUCCAUCAACGUUCCUUUAGGGGUUGAGGAGUGCCAGCAGGCAAACAAUGGAGACUGCCCCGAGGAACCUGAAGAGAAGGAGCAGAAGGAGGAGGCACCACAGCCCUCUGCCCCCUCGGGAGUUGCCGCCAACGCAGCCGCCCCCUCCGGACGAAGAAACCCCCCAGGGGGCAUGUCCAGCCUCAUCCUGGGUUGAGGACUGGUUUUGUUGGAACGUUUUUAUUUUUGAAAGAAUUGCCCCCAUUUCCCCCUUCCCCACCUCAGUCCCACUGUUCUUCUCCACUGUCUGAUACAAUCCACCACGUCCCCUCUGAGCCAUGGAAUUUGCCCCCCUACCUGCCAACCCCCUCAUGUUUUUACUUUUUUUCUAAUUCAAGAGAACCGUUGACAGAAGCACUUUAUGUAUCUCUUUUUCCCCUCCCCCAUGUCAGUCCAUUCUGUAGUGUGCCUAUAUUGCGCCUGAUGGAAAAGGCAUGUUUUUGCUUGUCUCAUUCUCACCCUGUUGUAAAUGGUAAAGAAAAGUAUUCAAAAAAGAUUUGAUGCGUAAAUUUCUAAAUACAAUAAAGAUUGAUAUGAAUUUGUU